UCAUCGUCGCAUUUCCAGCGCAGCCUUCCAGUCCACAAUCCCUCUCCCCCAUCCACCCCUCCUAACUCUCCAACAUGUCCAAAAUCCAGAAAACAACACAGCGCCAACAAGAAAAAAUCGCCGAAGGUCAAUUCUAUGAAGCGCACCAACAGCUCCGCGUAAUCGCCGCCCGCUACACCAAAGCCUCCAACUGGGCCGCCGCCACCGACAUCCUCUUCUCAGGCGCGCAAUCGCUCUUACAAGCAGGCCAGGGCGGCUCCGGCGGCGACCUGUGCAUCUUCCUGCUCGAUGUGUUCAACAAGGGCGAGGUGAAGCCUGAUGCGGCGAGCAAAGGGAAGCUGUUGAGUUUGCUGCGCGCGUUUCCGAAGGACGAGCCGACGCGCAAGAAGUUUGUGAAUGAGAUGGUGGCUUGGAGUGCGAAGUGGGGCGAGUAUCCAGCGGGCGAUCCGGAGAUCCACCAUGUGGCCGGGUCACUGUAUGCGGAGGAUCUCGAGCCCUACGAUGCAGAACGGCACCUCAUCCUCGGUACCAAAGACUCCCCUGAAACCCUCGCCUCCCUCGAAUACGCCUGGUACACCGCCGACGACUCACACACCGCCCCGCUCUACGCCGCGCGCGGCAUCCUGCCCUACCUGCUCGCCGGCAACCUGCGCGCCGCCAACAAAUUCCUCCUACUCUUCACAUCGCAACUGGGCUCCAAACCGCAGCUCGGCGUGCAAGAAGUGUCGACGUCAUCCGCAGACCUGCGUGUAUACCCUAGCUUACCGUUGCUGAAUUUUCUGGGGCUGCUGCUGUUGGCGGUGGAGAGGGGCGAGGCGGGACUGUUCAGGCAGCUAAAGAGCCAUUACGCAAGUCAUUUGAAGGAUGUGAAUUGGGGCGAUGCGCUGGACCAGAUUGGAGAGAUGUACUUUGGGAUUAGGAUGCCGCGACAGGGAAAUCCCAUGAUGGAUAUGCUCGGAAACAUGUUCAUGGGAGGGGGUUUAGGAGGCGGCGGGGGUAAGAAAGGAGGGAAGUCGGGGGCACCGGCCGCAGCAGGGCUAGAUUAAAAGUCCCAGCUGAGGAUGCGUUCAUGAGCUACGAUGGAACGAUAUAUGCGUAGAUACCUGGAUACCGGCACCGUACAAAUGCAAUGCCCGAAAAAGUUCGUAAUCGACA